AUGUCCCGGGGUGUUGAGGGUCACAUGUCCCGGGGUGUUGAGGGUCACAUGUCCCGGGGUGUUGAGGGUCACAUGUCCCGGGGUGUUGAGGGUCACAUGUCCCGGGGUGUCGAGGGUCACAUGUCCCGGGGUGUUGAGGGUCACAUGUCCCGGGGUGUUGAGGGUCACAUGUCCCGGGGUGUCGAGGGUCACAUGUCCCGGGGUGUUGAGGGUCACAUGUCCCGGGGUGUUGAGGGUCACAUUCAUGUGGACGCUGUGGACGGUGUGGACGCUGUGGACGCUGUGGACGGUGUGGACGCUGUGGACGGUGUGGACGCUGUGGACGCUGUGGACGCUGUGGACGGUGUGGACGCUGUGGACAGUGUGGACGCUGUGGACGCUGUGGACGCUGUGGACGGUGUGGACGCUGUGGACGCUGUGGACGCUGUGGACGCUGUGGACGGUGUGGACGGUGUGGACGCUGUGGACGGUGUGGACGCUGUGGACGCUGUGGACGCUGUGGACGGUGUGGACGCUGUGGACGGUGUGGACGCUGUGGACGGUGUGGACGCUGUGGACGCUGUGGACGGUGUGGACGCUGUGGACAGUGUGGACGCUGUGGACGCUGUGGACGCUGUGGACGGUGUGGACGCUGUGGACGCUGUGGACGCUGUGGACGCUGUGGACGCUGUGGACGCUGUGGACGGUGUGGACGCUGUGGACGCUGUGGACGCUGUGGACGGUGUGGACGCUGUGGACGGUGUGGACGGUGUGGACGCUGUGGACGCUGUGGACGGUGUGGACGCUGUGGACGCUGUGGACGGUGUGGACGCUGUGGACAGUGUGGACGCUGUGGACGCUGUGGACGCUGUGGACGGUGUGGACGCUGUGGACGCUGUGGACGCUGUGGACGCUGUGGACGCUGUGGACGGUGUGGACGCUGUGGACGGUGUGGACGCUGUGGACGCUGUGGACGCUGUGGACGGUGUGGACGCUGUGGACGGUGUGGACGCUGUGGACGCUGUGGACGGUGUGGACGCUGUGGACAGUGUGGACGCUGUGGACGCUGUGGACGCUGUGGACGGUGUGGACGCUGUGGACGCUGUGGACGGUGUGGACGCUGUGGACGGUGUGGACGCUGUGGACGCUGUGGACGCUGUGGACGCUGUGGACGCUGUGGACGGUGUGGACGCUGUGGACGGUGUGGACGCUGUGGACGCUGUGGACGCUGUGGACGGUGUGGACGCUGUGGACAGUGUGGACGCUGUGGACGGUGUGGACGCUGUGGACGCUGUGGACGCUGUGGACGGUGUGGACGCUGUGGACGCUGUGGACGGUGUGGACGCUGUGGACGCUGUGGACGCUGUGGACGGUGUGGACGCUGUGGACAGUGUGGACGCUGUGGACGCUGUGGACGGUGUGGACGCUGUGGACGCUGUGGACGCUGUGGACGGUGUGGACGGUGUGGACGCUGUGGACGGUGUGGACGCUGUGGACGCUGUGGACGGUGUGGACGCUGUGGACGGUGUGGACGCUGUGGACGGUGUGGACGCUGUGGACGCUGUGGACGGUGUGGACGCUGUGGACGGUGUGGACGCUGUGGACGCUGUGGACGGUGUGGACGCUGUGGACGCUGUGGACGGUGUGGACGCUGUGGACGCUGUGGACGGUGUGGACGCUGUGGACGCUGUGGACGCUGUGGACGGUGUGGACGCUGUGGACAGUGUGGACGCUGUGGACGCUGUGGACGCUGUGGACGGUGUGGACGCUGUGGACGGUGUGGACGCUGUGGACGGUGUGGACGCUGUGGACGCUGUGGACGCUGUGGACGCUGUGGACGGUGUGGACGCUGUGGACGCUGUGGACGGUGUGGACGCUGUGGACGCUGUGGACGCUGUGGACGCUGUGGACCCUGUGGACGGUGUGGACGCUGUGGACGCUGUGGACGCUGUGGACGCUGUGGACGCUGUGGACGGUGUGGACGCUGUGGACGGUGUGGACGCUGUGGACGCUGUGGACGCUGUGGACGGUGUGGACGCUGUGGACGGUGUGGACGCUGUGGACGCUGUGGACGCUGUGGACGGUGUGGACGCUGUGGACAGUGUGGACGCUGUGGACGCUGUGGACGGUGUGGACGCUGUGGACGCUGUGGACGCUGUGGACGGUGUGGACGCUGUGGACGGUGUGGACGCUGUGGACGGUGUGGACGCUGUGGACGCUGUGGACGGUGUGGACGCUGUGGACGGUGUGGACGGUGUGGACGCUGUGGACGCUGUGGACGCUGUGGACGGUGUGGACGCUGUGGACAGUGUGGACGCUGUGGACGCUGUGGACGGUGUGGACGCUGUGGACGCUGUGGACGCUGUGGACGCUGUGGACGGUGUGGACGCUGUGGACGCUGUGGACGCUGUGGACGGUGUGGACGCUGUGGACGCUGUGGACGGUGUGGACGCUGUGGACGCUGUGGACGCUGUGGACGCUGUGGACGGUGUGGACGCUGUGGACGCUGUGGACGCUGUGGACGGUGUGGACGGUGUGGACGCUGUGGACGGUGUGGACGCUGUGGACGCUGUGGACGCUGUGGACGGUGUGGACGCUGUGGACGCUGUGGUGGGCGCUGACGAGGCACGAGGAUCUGUGUUUGUGUGGGACGGAGCGUGUUUGACCACAGUCCAACAGAACAGAGGAUCAGUCCGUGUGAGUCUGCAGAGGAUCAGUCCGUGUGUGUCUGCAGAGGAUCAGUCCGUGUGUGUCUGCAGAGGAUCAGUCCGUGUGAGUCUGCAGAGGAUCAGUCCGUGUGAGUCUGCAGAGGAUCAGUCCGUGUGUGUCUGCAGAGGAUCAGUCCGUGUGAGUCUGCAGAGGAUCAGUCCGUGUGAGUCUGCAGAGGAUCAGUCCAUAGGAUCAGUCCGUGUGUGUCUGCAGAGGAUCAGUCCGUGUGAGUCUGCAGAGGAUCAGUCCAUGUGUGUCUGCAGAGGAUCAGUCCGUGUGAGUCUGCAGAGGAUCAGUCCGUGUGAGUCUGCAGAGGAUCAGUCCAUAGGAUCAGUCCAUGUGUGUCUGCAGAGGAUCAGUCCGUGUGAGUCUGCAGAGGAUCAGUCCGUGUGUGUCUGCAGAGGAUCAGUCCGUGUGAGUCUGCAGAGGAUCAGUCCGUGUGAGUCUGCAGGGGAUCAGUCCGUACCGUCAGACCAACACCAUCAGACCAACACCAUCAGACCAACACCAUCAGACCAACACCAUCAAACCGUCAGACCAACACCGUCAGACCAACACCAUCAGACCAACACCAUCAAACCAACACCGUCAGACCAACACCAUCAGACCAACACCAUCAGACCAACACCAUCAAACCAACACCGUCAGACCAACACCAUCAGACCAACACCAUCAGACCAACACCAUCAGACCAACACCAUCAAACCAACACCGUCAGACCAACACCAUCAGACCAACACCAUCAAACCAACACCGUCAGACCAACACCAUCAGACCAACACCAUCAGACCAACACCAUCAAACCAACACCGUCAGACCAACACCAUCAGACCAACACCAUCAGACCAACACCAUCAAACCGUCAGACCAACACCGUCAGACCAACACCAUCAGACCAACACCAUCAAACCAACACCAUCAAACCAACACCGUCAGACCAACACCAUCAGACCAACACCAUCAGACCAACACCAUCAGACCAACACCAUCAAACCGUCAGACCAACACCAUCAGACCAACACCAUCAAACCGUCAGACCAACACCAUCAGACCAACACCAUCAAACCGUCAGACCAACACCAUCAGACCAACACCAUCAAACCAACACCAUCAGACCGUCAGACUCCAGAUGCAGUUUCUAAACCCAGCUUCCUUCAGUUAUUUCUCGAUGUUAUAUUUUGCACAUACUUUUUCCCACUUUCCGGUGCCUUUCUGUUGAGCCAGGACCAGCACCAGGACCAGCAGCAGCACUAG